CCAAGCAGUUUUUCCUCCAGUUCCACUUUAAGAUGGAGAAGCCCCCAGCCCCGCCCAGCCUCCCUGCUGGACCCCCAGGUGUCAAGCGGCCCCCACCCCCACUCAUGAACGGCCUGCCCCCUCGGCCACCGCUGCCAGAUGCCUUGCCCCCACCCCCACCUGGUGGCCUGCCCCUGCCCCCCAUGCCCCCCACUGGACCUGCUCCCUCUGGACCCCCUGGACCUCCCCAGAUGCCCCCACCAGCUCCUGGGGUCCAUCCCCCAGCUCCUGGGGUCCACCCCCCAGCUCCUGGGGUCCACCCUCCAGCUCCAGUGGUCCAUCCACCAACAUCUGGGGUGCACCCCCCUGCUCCAGGGGUUCAUCCACCAGCCCCUGGGGUGCACCCACCAGCCCCCGUUGUGCACCCACCAGCUCCAGGGGUCCACCCUCCCCCAUCAGCUGGAGUGCACCCCCAGGCUCCAGGAGUGCACCCACCUGCUCCUGCAGUACACCCCCAGGCCCCUGGGAUCCACCCCCAGGCACCAGGUGUGCACCCCCAGGCACCAGGUGUGCACCCCCAGCCUCCUCCUGGGGUUCAUCCUGCUGCUCCUGGGGUCCACCCUCAGCCUCCGGUGGUUCACCCCUCAAAUCCUGGGGUACACCCUGCUCCCAUGCCCCCCAUGCUGAGGCCCCCACUCCCAUCCGAGGGCCCUGGGAACAUUCCUCCCCCUCCCCCACAAUAG